GUCGGAGUGAGGAGGAGCAUGUUCGUGUGUUCCUGUCGACUGUAAGAACACGUCAGCAGUAAAGACCUCCUCAUUCUCACAGCACUUUCUCUUCCUGCUUCCAACUUUGCUGCACAUGACACUUUAUCAGGAACGAUGUCCGUGUUUCACCUGAACGCUCGCUGUGAAAGUGCCCGGAUUAUGUCCACAACAGACGCAUAACAGCAGCAUAUGAUCCAGAGCUUUUGUUUUCUAUGGUGCUUCGGCUGAGAAAAUGAGAUUCCGGUUGUUGAAGAAGAACGUUGUUGCGUUCCUCCUUGUUUUAAUUGUGUUUCUAAUGUUGUUUUACACCAUGCGACGGACUAAAGAUGAAACAAACGUGGAGGUGACCGAAAAAGAGAUCUCACAGACUGCUAUAAUGGUUAAAUUUGAGUAUGGGACCAUUGAGAAUAUGAGGAAGUCUGUCUAUGACAGCAACUACAGGCAGUUCCUUCAGAAUGGAGACAAGUUUGCAUUGGAUCCUGAGUUGGUCGUCGUCGUGCAAGUUCACAAUCGUCCGGCGUACCUCAAAAUGCUCAUACAGUCCUUGGAAAAAGUCACUGGAAUACAAAACACGCUUGUGAUAUUCAGUCACGACUAUUUCUCGGAGGAAAUUUCCGAUAUGGUCAAAGGAAUCGCCUUUUGCAAGGUCCUCCAGAUCUAUUUCCCCUACAGCACGCAGCUGUAUCCCAACGAAUUCCCAGGACAGGAUCCUAAAGAUUGUCCGAGAGACGUAUCGAAGGAGGAUGCCAUAAAGAAGGGAUGUUUGAACGCAGAGCACCCAGAUUCGUACGGACACUACAGGGAAGCGUCCAUCACCCAAACCAAGCACCAUUGGUGGUGGAAGCUGCAUUUCGUGUUCGAGCGAGUGAGGGUUCUUCGGGGAUACAACGGAGAUGUCGUCUUCAUCGAGGAAGACAACUACCUUCUCCCAGAUUUCCACGAAUUCUUCAAAUCCAUGACCGAGCUCAGGAAAACCAAAUGCGGGGAUUGCGACAUCCUCGCUGUAGGCAACCAUAACGGUUUAUCAGGCUUUCACGAGCUUUCCAGCAAAGCCGAGACGGCAGGAUGGCUGUCCACCAAGCAUAACAUAGGAAUGGGCAUCUCCAGAGAGCUCUACUACAAACUGAUGGGGUGCAAUAAUGCAUUCUGCACCUAUGAUGAUUAUAACUGGGACUGGACCCUGCAGAACUUGUCUGGUACGUGCAUCUCCAAACCUCUCAAGGUUCUGGUGGCUCUUGGAAGUCGGGUUCUUCACACAGGAGAUUGCGGCCUGCAUCAGAAGGAGGAUUGCCGGCCAGAAAAGGCUCUGGAGAGGGUGGAUGAGGCGCUUAAAGAGGCGCAAACGGCUCUUUUCCCUCCCGCUUUGAGCUUGACGGACCACGGGCCGGUGGAGCAUCAGCCUCACAUGAAGAACGGAGGAUGGGGGGACAUUCGCGACCACACGCUGUGCGUCAACUACGCAGCUCGACUCUGAGCUGGAUGCUCUCACUUAUGAGCGUUUAAGUGCCAUUCAGAAUAUCAGGGUUAAAUGAUGCAGGUUAAAGGUUUUGCUUUCACCAAAAACAGGAAAAUAUGAGCUAUGAUGAUGUGUAUAUUGUGCAAAAUGCAGAUGAAUGUCAUGUAAAACAGGUUGAAUUUUCACAACAGGAUCAAACACCGAAAUAUUCUCGUGACAGUAUGACGCAGCUGAAUUUUACCCUAAUGUUUUUUUUUGGUUUUUUUAAAAUUGCAACACUGGAAAAAAAAUAUUAUAGAAAAUAUUUUUGUGUUGCAAGAAAAUACUUUUUCAGUCUUCUCUCAAAUUUCCUGUUUAAUUUGGUGUCAGUUGGCGUUUCUUAGUAAUUACUGUUUCAGUGUAUGCUUUAAUAUAGUAAAAAUUUACUAUAAUAUAUAUAUAUAUUUUUUUUAAAUGAGCAUGCAUUAGAGCCAGUACACUGUUAAAAAAAUUAGUUGUAAUAAAACAAUAUUAUUGGAGUACAUUUUACAAGAAAAUACUAUUUUAGUCUUUCUACUUCAAAAUUUUACGUUUAAUUCACUGUGCAGUUUCUUUGUAGUUAAAUGUGAAAUUUAAAAGCAAUUUAUGAAUGAAAGUUGUUUCUACACCAAUUUUGUGAGUGAUAAUACCUUGAUAAAUUAAUGCUUUACAAUUUAAAUGAUGUAUCACUGGCUCAUGGCAUUACGAUAAUGAGAAUUUGUAGUUGGAAAUGUGCUUAAUUGUGUUAACAGCACUAAACAUUAAUGGUCUUGAUAAAACUGGCUUCAUUUUUAUGCAUACAGCACAAUAAUAUAUGUAAAAAAAAAAAAAAAAAACACUUCUUAUUUGAUUUUGUGGUGAAAUGUGACCUGAAUAUGAUUCCUGAGACCAUGACUUUAGCAGAUUUAUAUAAUUUGAAUAUUACUGACACUUGAACAUAGGGAAAUUGUUCAAGGUGCAAAAACUUGCAUUUUAGCAUUGCAUUUUAACAAUUUCUUUCUUUUUUUUUUUUCUUCCGUAAAAGAAUUUCAUCACAAAUAAUAAACCUUCCAGCAAACAACAUCCAGAUGUUUGUUGUAAAUGACAAUAGUUUGAAUGUAACAUUCCUUCUGUCUUCCGUUACUGAUGUUUCUUUUGUUUUUUUUUGUUUUUUUUUAACAUAGGGAUAUGUUUUGGUGGUGUAUUUAGAUGUGUGAAUUUGUGUUUAACGUGCCUUGUAAACAUUCUUACAUUUGCAUAUGGCUAUUUGCAUUUGUGCUUUCCAUCCUUUCUAAUCCGGGUUUCUUCACGGACAAUCAUUUCUUUUUUUGACAUGCGCUACUUAGUUGCCUAACAUUGUGUUUAAUAUCUUGCGUAAAUGUACGUGGAAGACUGGAAUGACUGCACAUUUUAUAUGCAAAUUACUGUUAUUUUCAUCAGUUAAACAGGUUUGGCUCCAGACGUUUAUCCAUAAUCACUGUGAACUGCAUGCAAGAGUCUAUUUAUUUUCCCAACUUAGACACUUAGUAAAAGUUGGGGGUCACAGCAGCAUAAACGUUCCUGGGAUGGAAGAAUUAUACAAGUUGUGAAAUGUUAUCUUUACAGCCUUGACAUGAAGCCAAAGAAACUCACCUUUGUGCAUGGUUUGGAGAAUUUGGAAGCUAUAAAGGUGGACCUCGUGUUUUUUUUUUUUCCAGCUGACCUUCUCUGCGUGUUUCCUCUUGGUUUCCUUUCUGUGAUUUCCGUUAUACCUUUAGGGAGGAAAAGCUGACAUGCUCAAAAGAGUUGCCAAAUGUUUUUGUGGAAAUGGAUCUGAAAUGCAUUCUUUUAUUGUGUUCUGGGUGAAUACUGUGUGUUUGCGAGUGCGUAUGAGAGAGAUUGCUUGCUCUAGUGAUUGUUUUCUUUUGUACGGGUUUUUUAACGGACACGGUUGUUUUCCAAAAACAAAUCAUAAUGCUAGCUCUAAAAGCCAUAUUCAUAUUUGUUCUUUAAGCUUUCGGCCAAAGAUGCGUUGAUCAUGUCGGCAUGUUCAGGAUGUAUAUACUGAUUCACAUCUGUGUAUUUCAUGAAUUUAUGAAUGAGGGGUACUGCUUUUGAUGAUUUUUGUUGCUUUUGAGUGUUUGUCAUUUUAAAACUGACUUUGCAUAUAAUAUAUUG